AUGCUUUUCAUGUUUUUCCUUGGAGUUUUAUUGUCCAUUGGAUUGGAAUUUACAGCUGCACAAUCCCCUGGAGUAUGUUAUGGAAUGAUUGCUGGCAACUUACCAUCAAAGAAAGAAACCAUUGAUUUAUACAAAUCAAAUGGAAUCACUAGAAUGCGUAUAUACUUUCCAGAAGCAGAAGUCUUUGAAGCCCUAAAAGGUUCAAACAUAGAGUUAAUAGUAGAUGUUGCAAAGGAAUCUCUUCAAGCUAUUUCUUCUAAUCCUAAUGCAGCAAAGGAUUGGGUCAACACAAAUAUUGUACCCUAUUCAAAAGAUAUCAAAUUCAGAUACAUCACUGUUGGCAAUGAAAUUCACCCUGGUGAUGUUGAAGCACAAUACGUUUUUUCCGGCAUGCAAAACAUUCAUGAUGCACUUGCAUCAUCCAAUUUAGGCCAAAUUAAAGCGUCCACUGCAAUUGAUUCAAGUCUACUUGGAAAAUCAUACCCACCUAGUGAUGGAGCUUUCAGUGACGCUGCUAAUGCUUACAUGCAAAAAGUUAUUAAUUUCUUGGUGCCAAAUGGGUCACCACUUCUUGCUAAUAUAUAUCCCUAUUUUGCUUAUGCUAAUAAUAAAAAAGAUAUACAAUUAGAAUAUGCUCUUUUUACUCAACAAGGUAAGAAUGAUGUUGGGUACCAGAAUUUGUUUGAUGCUAUGCUGGAUUCAACGUAUGCUGCUUUGGAGAAAAUAGGUGCAAAUAAUUUGCAAAUUGUUGUGUCUGAGAGUGGCUGGCCAAGUUUUGGUGGAGUUGGAGCUUCAAUUCAAAAUGCAGGUACUUACUAUCAAAAUUUGAUUAAUCAUGUUAAGGGUAGGACUGGGACCCCAAAGAGACCCAAUGGACCUAUAGAAACUUAUUUGUUUGCUAUGUACGAUGAGAAUCAGAAGCCAGGUGCAGAAACUGAGAGGCAUUUUGGCCUUUACCAUGCCGAUAAAUCAGCCAAAUUCAACCUUAAUUUCAAGUGA